CACUCUACUGUUUCUUCUUUUCCACUGCAUUGUUGCUCCAACUCAAGUCAACUCUGAAUCCAUUUUCUCUUCCAUUUCCAUGGCAACCGAAUCGGCAUUGAUAUUCCUAGGCACUGGUUGUUCCAGCUCCAUUCCCUACACAAGGUGCCUCAUUCGCCCACCAAAUCCACCAUGCCAUGUCUGCACACAAUCACUCACUCUUCCACCUCUUCGAAACCCUAACUACAGGUGCAACACAUCCCUGUUAAUUGAUUACUGUCCAAACGAUGCCACCCACAAAUACAUAUUGAUUGAUUGUGGGAAGACUUUCCGGGAAACAGUGCUCAGGUGGUUUGUUUUUCAUCACAUUCCCAGAAUUGAUUCCAUUGUUUUGACUCAUGAGCAUGCUGAUGCAGUCCUUGGAUUGGAUGAUGUUCGUGCUGUGCAGCCGUUUAGUCCCACGAAUAAUAUUGAUCCCACUCCGAUAUACUUAACUCAGCAUUCGAUGGAUAGCUUGGAAAAGAAGUUUCCUUAUUUGGUUCCGACAAAACCCAAAGAAGGACAAGAAAUACGAAGGGUUGCUCAGUUUUGCUGGAACAUAAUUGCUGAGGAUUGUAAACAGCCAUUUGUUGCAUCUAGCUUAAAACUGAUUCCUUUACCAGUAAUGCAUGGAGAGGAUUACAUCUGUCUGGGCUUUCUUUUUGGUGAGAAAAGUAGGGUGGCUUAUAUAUCUGAUGUUUCACGGAUACCAGCUAGUACAGAGUAUGUUAUUUCAAAAAGUGGAGCUGGACAGUUGGAUCUUCUUAUAUUGGAUGCGUUGUAUAAGACUGGAUCACAUAAUGUUCACUUUUGUCUUCCCCAGACUCUUGAAACUGUAAAGAGGUUGUGUCCAAAGAAAACCCUACUAGUUGGUAUGAAUCACGAGUUUGAUCACCACAAGGACAAUGAGUUUUUGAUGGAGUGGUCCAGAAGGGAAGGAAUAUCAGUGCAGCUUGCUCAUGAUGGUUUGAGAGUACCCAUAAACUUAUAAUAAGGAUUUACACAUUAAUCGGGCACACUAGCUUUGAUCACCACAUUGCUAGGAACCUAGGAUGUUAUUCGAUAUAAGGAGUUGGCCAUUCGGACCGCAACAUCGUACUUGAUAACAUAGUUAGAACAUACAUAGACUAGUACGUACAAUCAACUUGUGUUCGUGAGGGGGCUAAAAAUAUCACCAUCCAAGACUAAG